UCGCGAUUUACUUUCCGAUUGAUCCGUCGAUCCACUUGAAGAGAAUCUUCGGCAUCUUCGAGGGGGAUGGCCUCCUUCCCGAAGAUCGCGUUUCUCGUGACGGCGAAAUCGAAGAUGCACCCGUCGCGGGCGUCGAUGACGAUGGUCUCGCGACGGCGGCGAUGGUGAUGGUUCUUGUGGUGGUGGUGCUGGUGCCGGUGAAGAAGAGGAAGAAGAAGAAGAAGAAGAAGAAGAAAACGGCGUAUAUUGGUGGGGGCAGCUCUUCUCUACUCCCCAGAACUUUAUUGGUGGGGGUAAGGCAACACUCAAAGAUCGUGGUGACGUAGUUCUGGCAGGAACGCGACGCGUUUUUGCGCACGUAGCAAGAAAAGAGAACUUUUCUACGCCUCAUCUGUAAUCUUACAUAGUUUGACACUUUUGGGAGAGAGGAAAAGAAAGAAUAAGAAACGGAAAUAGAGAAAAAGAGGAGAAGGAAGAGAAACGUCAAAUAUUUUGACAGACAGAUAGAAGAGAGAAGAGGGAGCCACAGCAGGUGCGUGAGAAAGACAGAGGGGUAGUUGGGGAAGGGGGAAAAAGAGGGGGGGCAAAUGGUUCAAGUGACCGGAAGUCAGUGCUCCUCUUCCGGGUCUUUCUUGAAUCGCGAGCUCUUUUUUCGAGAUCUCGAAGACAUGUCUCUUCCAAUGAAGGAUAUCUCCGAUCGCCCUCAAGCAUUUUCAGUGCGAUGCGAUCAUGAAGAUCGAGUGUUCCCCGCGUUCAUCAUGGCUGCGUAAUCUCGAUAUCUCUGCUUUGCAAAAUGUGUUGAGACAUGCACCAUCAAUAAUUCUUCAAUAGAUGUAACGAUCAAGGACGAAGAAUUUUGCAAGUAAAUCCGUAAGCGAUGACCAUCGUCCUCCGACACUUCUGUAUCAAUCCGGAGAGAAUCUAUUCCAUUGAAUCGCGAAAACGUCGUCGAGUCAACGAGAACACAUUUCAAGAAGAACACGUAAGAAGAUCACUAGCGGCAUUUUGCAAGCGAUUGAUCUACGUUACAAUGUCGAGUUUUGCUGGACCACACGAUAAGGAAGUCGUGUGGUAGAGGGGACAGUGCGUCAGUUUGCGUGCCAAUAUUCGGCCACGAGGUGCAUUCGAAGAAACCAAAGAACACGUACUGGUGAACUCGCGGUGAUUCGCGGUUGACUCGUCUUUGCAGCCGGACAUCGGUGCACUCACGAACAGCAUUGUCGCGACUUCCAGCGACCAUUUCCAUCAAUCGUCAGUGUGUUGAGCGGACAAAGGAAAUCGGUGAUCGAUUCGAGAGGGUGUUAUCAGGUGCGGAGGGGAUGGAGAUGCGCCCCGUUCUCGUGGCGAUCUGCCUUCUCCUCGUCACCCCCAUCACCGGCUCUUUCUGGACUGUAGGAAGCCAGCUGGUGAUGGAUCCGAUGCUGGUCUGUAAAAAAACGAGACGACUGAAGGGGAAGCUAGCUGACAUUUGUCGUAAGGAGCCAUCUCUGUUGAAAGAAAUCGCGAAGGGCGUUCAAGUGGGUACUAGGGAAUGUCAAUACCAAUUCCGAAAUCGGAGGUGGAACUGUACAACCGUCAAGAGAUCUCUCAAGAAGAUUCUGCUCCGCGAUACGCGGGAGACGGGUUUCGUGAACGCCAUCACCGCCGCUGGAGUUACUUAUGCGGUUACCAGAGCCUGCACUAUGGGUGACCUCGUGGAAUGCUCCUGCGAUAAGAUGACGUCGAAGGGUAACCGUCUGGCUAAAUUUGCGCGUACGAUCGAAGCCAAGAAAAGUUUGCCGACGGAAGGAGACUGGGAAUGGGGAGGAUGCGGCGAUAAUGUAAACUUUGGUUUUAAAAAAUCACGGGAAUUCAUGGACGCACCGUAUCGCAAAAGAAGUGACAUUAAAACGUUGGUAAAGCUUCACAAUAACGACGCUGGUCGUCUGGCCGUACGUAACUUCAUGAGGACCGAAUGCAAGUGUCACGGGCUUUCCGGCUCCUGCACGGUGCGCACUUGUUGGCGUAAGAUGCCGCCGUUUCGGGAAGUCGGCAACCGUCUGAAGGAGUCCUUCGACGGCGCGGCCAAAGUCAUCCCCAGUAACGACGGCCACAGUUUCAUUACCGAGGGUCCCACGAUCAAGCCGCCCGGUAGAUUCGACCUGAUCUACAGCGAAGACUCGCCGGAUUUUUGUAAGCCGAACCGGAAAACCGGCUCCCUGGGGACGACGGGUCGUCAGUGUAACGCGACUAGUCCUGGGGUCGAGGGCUGUGAGCUCCUCUGUUGCGGUAGAGGCUACGACACCAGAAUCGUCAAGGAGAAGGUCAAUUGUCAGUGUAGGUUCCGGUGGUGUUGCGAGGUCACGUGCAAUAUGUGUCUCAUCAAGAAGACCAUCAACAGUUGCCGCUAGUGUCGACGUAAGUGAAAGAAAAAACUUGUACCGAUAUAUUGAAAGUGUCGAGAAUCGAGUUGGUGCGAUAGCUUGUUCUGCUUGGUGUUAGCGGAUUAGAGAAGACAAUGUUGAGAGGAAUGAUUUAUAUUCUUUGCGCAAAUUGAUGUGUGCCAUAACGAUAGACCAGGUUAUAAUUGAAGAGUUUUAUAGGGUUUUGAGAGUUUUAAAAAGUUUCGCGCAGAGAUUUACAGAGUGUUGAAGUACGUUUUUAUUUAACAAUGGGAGGAAUAUUACGCAAUCGAGUCUUUUUCUCAUCUGUUUUUUUACUAGUAUAAUUGCCGAAAAGCGUUAAUUAGCUUGUAUUAGUGUGCAGUGUAUUAUGAGGUUGUUCAAUGUCGAUGUUUAGUGCGAUUGAAACUUUUCGAUUUCUAUCGUUGCCGUCACUAUCGGCGGUUGAUCUAAUCGGUUUUUUUUCUCCUCUCGAUACGAUCGUGAUAAUGCCCCUAUUACGUAAUAGCGUUUGUAAUAUAUCAAUUUUUAGAAUAUGAUUUGAUCGUGAAUAUUUAUUGACGAAUAUUCAGACAAUAUGUGAUUUACAAUUUAUCGCGAUCACACAGGCCUGGAUUAAAUCUAGAUGAGCGAGAAGGACGUGUAGGAUUUCCAAGAAGGUUUAUCGUGCGCGACGUGUAAACGCGAGAAGCGGGAUUGAGGACGUCAGUAGUGCAUGCGCGAGCUAAGUCAGACGCGAGUCGCGAAUGCAGUUAGACGCGAUUUCUCGCAUUUCGCGAAAUAAUGCCUAUCUUUGACUGUACCUAUAAAUUGCUGAUGGCUAUAAAAUUGGCCAUUUUGGACACGUACGUUUGUAUUUGACGUAGAGCAUGGUAAUUAUCAAUGUUGGCAGAUUUAUAGAUUGUAGUCAACGGUUUUUACUGUUGCAAUUAGAGUCGAUUCUAGAUUUUCGUCGCCUUUUGUUAUGUGCGAUAUGAGACUGUUACUUUCUCCAAGCUGGCAAUAGAAUAAUACGAAUAAUAAUUUACGCUAAUAUUAUAUAAAAACGUUUUUUCUUAACAAAAUAUUGUCUUAAUUAUCUUAACA